AUGCUGUUCAGGAUCCCUAUGUAUCUGAUCUCCUGUUUUCUUUCAUGAUCAUCCGCUUGCAUGUCCUGUCCACAACGAGCGCCGUUUGGAUUAUCAGCAUCCGAGAAGACAAGCGGAGUGACUGAACGUACUAGCAAGUUACAAGAAGAUAUAGAUGUUCCUCCUCAUCUUUUUCUUAUCCUUAAAUUUAUGUAGUUGAGAAACUUGAUCCUUAUUCAAAGAACCUUCCGGCUUUUUCUUUGUUGACAAAAAAUCAUAAGGAUGACGGGUGCUGAUGCCCCAAAUGGUCACCAGCAUCGAUCGUCUGAUCAUGCUGGUGUGCACAAAAGAGCGAGUGGAAAGCCUACACGACCUGCUGUGCAAAGUGCGGCGCUGGAGGCGAAGCGAGUUGCAGCAGACCGACGACAUACCAAGGACGCGGCAACGCACACGCAGCCUCCUGAGGUAGCAGCGAACAAACAUGCAGGAGCGGCAUCGACCAAAGCUAAGUCCGGAGACAGAGCAUGGCGAAGAGUGUUGAACGACAAGUCUCCCAUGGCUCUCGCACUGGGUGCAAGCGUGGCAGUGUCAGCGCUCAUUGCACUCACGUGCUUCUUUACGUUCUCGAUUGUUGGUGUGGAGGCGGUCGUAGACAAACACGUGUUCUUCGCAUUAUGAUAACACUGGAUCUGCAUACAAUCAUGACCUUCUCUUCCAAUGUUUCUGUUGACCUGUGAUGAAAUAUUUAAUAUUAUAAGUACUGAAAGUAGAUCCAUGAAGAUUGUUCAGAACAAACACACUAUUCAGAGUCGAUCGGAGGAUGGUUGCACAUUACUUAGUAGCUGGGAUGGACGGAGCUAUAAUUGAUCUCAGUUCCGAUUAAGUACUUAGGAGAGCGUCAAUCGUUCUAAUUUGAGACUUGCCACCCGUGUACACGACUCCGCGUACGCUGGUACUCGCCAAGAACCCAGAAGAGGUUCAGAAAACGCACAGUGAAUUUCUCAAGGGCUUGACAAAUCGUGGGCACGAGCUAGCUUACGUGCCCUUGAGUCAGAAGACUACCACUUUGUUUUUGUACGGGGAGCGGGCUUACGACCAUGUUUUGCUCUUUCCAGAGGGUGCGUCGUUUCCGAGCACUGCCGUCAGAUCGGUACUAUUACUUUCCGCAGUGAUGUACUGGAGGAUCAGUUCAACUUUCCAUAGCCGUCUGUAGCAUGUUGUACAUGCAGGGAAGAUUGAUUUUUGAUUUAUUAAAGAACUAAAACCCUUUCUACUUCAGGGCGGCUACAAGACGACGCAAGCCGAUAUUGAGGCUGAGGCGCGAGAGCGCGUGAAAGGGGCCGACAGGUCCCUGAAGCUCUCUUUGUCGGAAUUAUUGAAAUUUGUUGACGCAGGCGGUAAUGUGCUUACCUUUGCUGAGAAGCCGACUCGGGAUAUGCGGAAGUUCGCCAAUGAGUGUGGCGUGGAUUUCCACAAGGAAACAGCGCAAAUCGUAGACCACUUCUCCCAGUCCGCAGCGGAGGGUGCUCUCGGCCGAAAGUCGCCAGCUAUUUUAGCCGAAACACGGAGGGAGUCGGGCGUAGUGGUGGAAGCAGGUAAGUAAGUUAUUUCUUUCUUCGAAUUUAUGAAUAUAUAAUGCCUGCCGAGGACAAAUAAAUGUUUUUACUAAAGUGUCCAAAAGCCUAACUUAAGCAUUGACUAAAAUCUGAGAGAUCACUUCCGUUAACCAAAAUUGUCCUAUAGUGCCUAAAAAACAACGAUUUGAUAACUGAGUGGCCACAAUUUGACAACUUCUGUCUGAGCGUUGAGUCCGUGGAGCGAUCUCAGCUGUGUGAGUUUAUCAUGCUCGUGCAUCCUCUCUGUUCCUCUCCCUCUGUUAAUCGAGACCUCUUCCUUUGCAUUGAGCGAUCGUGUGUUCCUCUCAUCUGUCAUGAGUCUCCGUCUGUUCCUAUUUCAUAUUCUUUUAUGGAGUGACCCGAUAUUCUUUCUGUGGAUGAGUGGUGGCUGCGCGACCUUUCUCUCCUCUAUAUCCGUUUUUCCUUCAUGUAGUGCCAUUCUCUCUUCAUCUGGGGCCCUCGCGUGUCUUAUUAAGUUCCUUUCUCGUAGAUACAAGUUCCGUACCUGCGCCGGCACAGCCCGACCGCAAACCAAGAUUGGUUACCUCGGUGUAAACAAUCUAAUUCUAUUAUCUGUUCUAGAUAUCUCUUGCCUUAUUUCAUUUGUUCCUACUCUUGUUCUCGUCCGUGCUGAUUCUUUCUUCGGAUGAAGCCUUUCCAUUGACCUACGACUACUACCACCUUCUAUGUAAUUCUUAUCUGAUGUGUAUUAGUAAUUGAUGUUGCUGGUUUCUUCGAAUUUAUAAUCUUCUUGAAGAAAACUCCAAUCAAUCACCCGAACUUCGAGUGACCUUCAUCUUUUUUCAUUCACCUUCGUAUUCGUGCCCCGACAAAUGGAUAAUAAGAACAGUCGAUCUAGCAGUCGCUAGGACUUACCUACAACUACUUACCAUUUUCUAUGUGAGUCUAAUGUAUCUUCACAGGUAAGAGCAUUUUGUUUGAGGGUCUACCUCUUGUGGCUGGCGGUUCUGAGCUUACGUUCAAUGUCUUGUCUGGGUCACCGACAGCUUUCGUUCAGAACAAAAAGAAGGACGCAGAGGGAGAAGUAGGGGCUGUCGCACACGGCGAGAAUGUCGCACUCGUCUCUGCAAUGCAGGCUCGCAACUCUGUACUAUUAUUCAAUACUGUCAAGUUGUAUUGUAAUUGUUCGAAAAUGAAGACGUGCUCAUCGCGAUGUAGAUAGUUGGGCCAUUUUCUUGUUGUCAAGAUAUUGUUGUAGGAGUAGCACCCGUGGAGGUCUUGUGCUACUACUUUCUUCUUCCGCUCGGCACUGCGUAUUUGUACAACUAAAUUUACCGUGCAUCUAUCAUGGUAAAACCUCAGGCACGUACGGUUUUCGCGGGUUCGCACAACCUAUGCUCAAAUGAAUUUUUCACCGCAAAUGCUGAGAACGACGCGUUUUGCACCGAGCUCGCCAAAUGGACAUUCCGAGAAAAAGGUAGCUCUACUUACUCAGUUUUUUUUUGGAGCGCGUAUUUCUUGUCUUAUGUUGUCACAAUCUAGUAUCAUGCUCAUAUUGAUGCCACUGUACUUGGAUGUAUUGUUCGAAGAGGAUGAUCGAGAUCAUUCACUCUGAUCACCAUCUUUCACUCCCAUUCACUCAUUCUCAUCAGAGAGAUCACACAGGUGUUUUACGCAUGUCAUCGUUGCGAUCGCACAAGGUGGGAGAAGAUGUGCAGCCGUAUAUGUACCGAAUGAUGGAUCACAUAACCUUCAAAAUCGAUAUCGAGGAGUGGAAGGACCAGCAAUGGGUUCCCUUCAUUCGGGACGACGUGCAGAUGGAAUUCGUGAUUUAAGGCUUCCCCUAAACCUAAUCCAUCUCAAAUCUUUUUUAUUCUUUGCAAGCAUGAUCCAUCCUAAAGUGCGAGACGUUUUUAUUUUGUUUGAAGUUGAAAACGGUUCCACCGAAGUUGAAAACAGUCUCAGGAUGGACUUCGAGAUGGAUCAGGGUGACCACUACUAAGUUAUGUUAGACCCCUACAUCCGGACUUUCUUGGAUCCUCCUGCGAAUGAUGGCAAGAGCAUCACUUACUCCAAGACUUUUAAAUCCCCAGACGUCUACGGCGUUUUCAAAUUUCGCAUUCACUACGCCCGCUUGGGAUACAACACAUUGCACGUCGAAGACUUGGCGCCUGUCAGGUACUGCUUUCUUCAUCGUGAUAGAUAUUCAUGUUGGUUUUUGCUGAUUUUGCUGGUCUAAAACUGACUAAAUCUGGCUCACUUGUUUUCUUUCAGGAACUUCAAGCACAACGAUUAUGAGCGGUUUAUUUGGAUGGCCUUGCCCUAUUACGCCAGUUGCUUGCUCGUCCCCGCGUCCCUGGUGAUUUUUACCAUUGUCUUCCUGUAUCACAAGGAAGACCAGAAAAAAGCUGGGCUCAUCAUCCGAACCCUCUCGAGAGAAACCAAGGGUAUGGAGUAAUUGUGAUCAGUCUGAUGAUCAGUGUGAUUGAAGUUGUACCCGAAUUGCAAAACGAACUUUGUUACGAUUGGGAGAUGUCAUAAUCGGAAUAUGAACUGAAAUUUGACGAUGAUAGAUUCGCUUUCAAUUGAAACUAAUUACUUCAGUGUUGGACUUUCCUGGAACUCUCUUGGGGCGAUAGGUGGUGGUGGAAAGUUGGACAACUACAGCUACUAGUAAAACUACUAAAACUUAUAGUAGGCUGUGCGCUUCCUCUACCUCUUAACAUCCUUCGGGAUCCUAUCAGGAACUGUUCGGUCUUGCUGAUGGUAGAGAGUGACCAUUUGAGACGCCAUGAUGAUAAGGAGAGCAAAUAACCCAGAUAGAGAUAGUUAGAGAAUUUCGACGAAUAACAUGGUCCAGGGAAGACGCUUGGUGGCCAUGGCAAGCAAUCCUAGAACUUAAGAGUGGAGGACUCAAGAAAGCGUAGCACUUCAAUAAUUCACGCACAUCCAACGAUCUCAGAGCUGCUUCUGCAAGAUGAUCAAUCCUAAUGAACCAAUAAAAGCUUACAAGCCCAGAACCGACACCAAACAUUGCAUAUCGUUCGCGAGUGAACUGAUGAAGUCUUCCCCUGAAGUUUAGCAUCCUCCUCCUCCGCUACAUCUAACGAUCGUCACAAUGCUAAGUUGAAUGUAGCACUAACCACGUAGAAAACCUCAGCUCCAGUUCCAUAAGAAAAAAGCAGUUGUAUAU